CAGUCUCGACCCACUGUGAUGAUCUUUUGUCAAGUUCCUCGAGUCCCAUCACACAAUUGCUAGAAGGGUGUGCGAGUCCCUGUUCCGUCCAAGCGCGACGGGAAGCGGCAUGCUUGCCACAUUUGCCGCAUUUCUGCAAGGCAACGGGUGUGGGCAUGUCCCGGCAUUGUGGGAGCCGUUUGCAAGAUUCUGCAGGUCGAAUCAGAACUUCGGGAACCUGCCUCGAGCUCUCCGGAGGCUGUGCUUCAUUAUCACGCGUCGCGGCGCGGCUGAGAUGGCGCAAACGGAGAGCCAGCCGGAUGAGCCAGCCGGGUUGUGUAACUGACCUCCGGAGAGACACACGGGACAGAGCUUUCUGUCCUGGUAAUUUUGGGGCAUCGUCCUUCUCAUACAAUUCCUCGUAUCUCCAUUCGAGGGCUCGUCCACGAGUUUCCUCCUUUGUCAAAGCCGACCAGGGAAACAGCCCCAGCAUGCGAGGAAACCACAUUUUUGGACCUUGCCGCCUUCGUCAUCGCCGUUUUCGCCGAGGCAUCCGCAGUAUCAGUCUUGUGAACCCCUUGAACAUUCGUCCCUCUUUCUUCACACAUCCCCAUACCCCGCGAGCCAACAUCCGCUCCAGAAUCUCGACACACGCCCGACUCAUCCCGCGGUCGAGCACCAUGGACAUGGACGGAAACGUCGCUGCCCAUCCGGCGAGCUCGCCGGUCUCGCCCACCACGCGACCGCCUCCCCGCGGACAGAAGCGCCGUGAGCCGUCCGACGGGGCCGGUCCCGAGGGCACCGCACAGGUUUCUCCUGUCCGUCCGAUCAAGAAGGAGAAGAAGGACAAGAAGGAUAAAGAGAUGGGGAAGAAAGAAAAGAAGGAACAGAAGAAGAAGAAGAUGCUGAGGAAGCAGAAGAAGCGGGAGCAGAGGAUCAAGAGACAGCUAGAGAACGAGAGGGCCAUCGCCCGGGUUAUGGUCCUCCUUCACAUGCCCGAGAGCGCCCUCGAGGCUGAAGAGGAGAAGGAUGAAAGCGGCGCAUCCGACGAUGGUUGGGUUCCGGUCAGUCUUUUUUCACUCCAUCCGCCCUUCACAUUCCGCUCUCUCUUAUCCGCCUUGAGCCUCAUUUCGCACGUCGAGCCCUUGUCAUUCAUGAGCCUCAUCUCUCAUCUCGAGCACUUUCCACAUUCCACUUUCUAUCGUCUCGCUCGAACCUCGUCUUCCACCUCAGGCUUCAUCAUGCACUUCAAUUCUCAGCUUCAACAUUGAGCUCCUGUCGUCCAUGCCGAGGCCCAUCAGUGACAUCAAGUCUUUUGUCUCACAUCAAGCUUCACCUUCCACAUUGAGUCUCAUCUUCUGCCUCGAGUCUCAUCAUGCACAUCAGCCUUGUGUUCCACACCAUCCCUCAUCUUUCCCACGGGGUCUCUCCUUCCACUGCCACGCCGGCUUGCAUCCUUCUCUUCCAAUCGCACACACCCUCUCGUCCUU